CGUAGGGCGCAGGCGCGUGGUGUUUCAGCGUCCAGGGGAGGGAUGCGCUGGACGCGAAGGCUCUCGGUUUGUUUGGGUUGUGGGCGGUGCGCGCACAGCCCGGGAAAAGCGAGAAAUGGCGACGCCGAUCGCGGGCUCUCGGCCUCCUCUCGAGCAAAAAGGGCGAAUGGCCGCUGACAGGGCACGCAGGAUCUUGGGAGUUUGUGGCAUGCAUCCUGACCAUCAGGAAGCUCUAAAAAAGAACCGAGUGGUGCUGGCCAAGCAGCUGUUGCUGAGCGAACUCUUAGAACAUCUCCUGGAGAAAGACAUCAUCACCUUGGAAAUGAGGGAGCACAUUCAGGCCAAAGUGGGCAGUUUCAGCCAGAAUGUGGAACUCCUCAACUUGCUGCCCAAGAGGGGUCCCCAGGCUUUUGAUGCCUUCUGUGUGGCCCUGAGGGAGACCAAACAGGGUCACCUGGAGGAUCUGUUGCUCACAACCCUCUCUAGUCUUCAGCAUCUACUCCCACCGUUGAGCUGUGACUACGACUUGAGUCUCUCUUUCCCAGUGUGUGAGUCCUGUACCCCUCGCAAGCAGCUCCGCCUGUCUGCAGAGACUGUGGAACACUCCCUUGACGAUGGAGAUGGCCCUCCCUGCCUUCAAGUGAAGCCUUGCACUCCUGAGUUUUAUCAAACACACCACCAGCUGGCCUAUAGGUUGCAGUCUCGGCCUCGCGGACUAGCACUGGUGCUGAGCAAUGUGCACUUCACUGGAGAGAAAGACCUAGAAUUUCGCUCUGGAGGGGAUGUGGACCACAGCACUCUUGUCACGCUCUUCAAGCUCUUGAGCUACAAAGUCCAUGUUCUGCUCGACCAGACUGCACAGGAAAUGCAAGAGAAGCUGCAGAAUUUUGCCCAGUUACCCGCUCACCGUGCCACCGACUCGUGCAUAGUGGCCCUCCUCUCUCAUGGCGUGGAGGGCGGCAUCUAUGGCGUGGAUGGCAAGCUACUUCAGCUGCAAGAAGUGUUCCAGCUCUUUGACAAUGCCAACUGCCCGAGCCUGCAGAACAAGCCGAAGAUGUUCUUCAUCCAGGCCUGCCGUGGAGAUGAAACAGAUCGUGGGGUUGACCAGCAGGACGGAAGGAGCCAUGCCCCGGCCCGCGAGUGUGAGGAGAGCGAUGCUGGGAGGGAGCUGCUGCUGCGGACGCGGCUGCCCACGCGCUCAGACAUGAUUUGCGGCUAUGCCUGCCUCAGAGGGACUGCCGCCAUGCGUAACACCAAACGGGGCUCCUGGUACAUUGAGGCCCUCACUCAAGUGUUCUCUGAGAGGGCCUGUGACAUGCACGUGGCCGACAUGCUUGUGAAGGUGAACGCGCUCAUCAAGCAGCGUGAAGGCUACGCCCCGGGCACAGAGUUCCACCGGUGCAAGGAGAUGUCUGAGUACUGUAGCACCCUGUGCCGUCACCUCUACCUGUUCCCGGGACACCCUCCCACGUGAUGCCAUCUCCCCGUCGUUCAUGCCAGAUCGAGGCCACUGGACCACCGGAGGCAUGGCGGAGCCUUUUCUCUUCAGGGUUACGUUUCUGUCCUUCCCCCUCAGGGACUGGGAGUCUCCCGGGCUGGUUUCACACACCUGUCAUCUCCACCCUUGGGUCCGGGACUGCAGGCCGGCUCCUCCGGUGUGACGCGCUGUCCCUGUGGCGCUAGCCCUGGACUGUUGCCAGGAGCGUCAGGCUGCAGCAGAGGAGCCUGUCGGGAGGUGUGAACACGGUGUCUCCGCGAGGAGGGGGCGUGGGGAUCGCCUCGUCGUGUGUGCUCACUUCCUGCCCCAGGGCUUUCGUAGGUAGCGCUUUGGUCACUGUGGCUCAGAGGUCUCCUGUCUUUCCUUUCAUUCUCCCACCCCCAUUUGUCCCAGAGUGAGAGUUUGGGGGGGUCCUCAUUUAACGUAGGCAUUUCUCAUUCGGCUUCGAAGGGGCAAACGGGGCCAAAGACACACACCCUCUGCUGCUGGGCGUGCGGCACUGACCUGUGCCUGCCUGCAGCACGGCAGGGCCACCCGCUGGAAGGACAGUCUUCUCAACGCCACUCGUGGCGCCUUUAGACUCGAGGAAUCCAAGCUGUGAGCAGAGGUUAGGGUUUGUAUGCCCGCAUCUGUAGCUCGUUGAUCUUUGCCCGUGGAAGUUCCAGAGAUCCUGUCCUUGCUGCUUCCUCGGAGCUUCGUUGCGAGCCGAGCCUGGCAGAGUGCCAGCAGAGGCAGAUAAGAGUGGUGUGUUUCCUCAUGUUCCGUAAUCUGUGUCACCUUUUUUCUCUCUAUGAAAUGUCCCUUUCUAUAAAAGCUUCCUAGUUACUUUCUGCUUCUUGUUUCUCUGUCUUUACCUUCAUUUCGUCCUAUUUACUUCUGCCACCAUUUCGGUCUAAAAUACUAAUCGGAUUAUUUGGCUGCUCCAGGAUGUGAUGUAGUCCUUUGUUCCUGCUUUCUGUUUCAGUAUUAAAUCCCUUCUGAUUUUAUGUGCCACUUCCCCUUCCACCUCUGUCUUUCCGUUUCAGGGAGGCCGUUGUUUCUGCAGUGCAUGGGAUUCGUUUGCUCUGGAAGUCGUAUUUAUCUGUGCUUGUAUGAAGCUUUCCUGUGCUUGAAGGUCUUCUCCUUCCACUCUUGCCGUUUCAAGCUGAUGUCUAUGUGACAGGUUUUGGUUUGGGGUUUGUAAAUAUAAAUCUGGUCGUGUCACUUCUGUUUGGAAUCCUUUGGUUUCCUAUUACACCUCAAAUAAAAUCCAAACUCUUUACUUUGGCCUGGAGGGCUCCUGCCUUUCCCUCUGACCCCCAGUGAGUGCUGCUGUCUCUCUAGGUGACGGCUCCAGUGGCUUCCACAGUUUCAAACAUUCAAGAUCAUUCCUGUCCUAAACCAUCACGCUCUGUCGGGGUCCACUGAGUGCCACGCCUCACCGCUCUUGGCUUGGGUGGCUUUAUUCAAGACUCAGCCCAAAUGCCCCUUUGUUGGGUAGGCCUUCCCAGGGCAUUAUCUCUCUAAAUGAGCUUGUGUUUCUUUAUUACUACAGCCUGUUUAAUUCCUUGACUGCAGUUUCGGCAGUCUGUAACGAAUAUGUUAUAUUUGCUUCAUCUGUUCCUUUCUGUCUCUGUGAGGGCCAGAACCUUGUCCCUUUUGUUCACCAGUACGUACCCAGUGCCUGGCACAUGGUAGGUCUUCAAUAAAUGUUUGUUGAGAGAAGGAAGGAAGGAAGGAAGCAAGCAGGCAGCCCUAGCUAGAAUACUGACCAUACACACAGUUUGGUAUUUGUUUUCAUGUGUUGUUUAUCCACUGGCAUUACUAGCUCCUGAAGACGUGUCACAUGUGAGACAACUUCCUGCACAUCCCCCAUGGUCUGGCACGGUGCUCGGCCGUUGCGGUAGUCCAGGUGCUCAAUACAUACUUGUUCUGUGAGCCAGGCAGUUUGGAGACUUGUAGCCAAGUCUUACCUUUGGGUCAGUAUUGCAUGGAAGUAUUUGGGUGAUGGAACUUUUCCACUUCCCACUGCCAGGAUGUUGUGUUGCCAUCAGGUGCCAAAUAAAUGCUCAUAUUUAUUAGUGCCGUG